AUGGUCCGUCGAGCCGGAUUUCUGGUCGAGCCAAUAUUUUCAGACAUCCUACACACUCAGUCAUUCGCAUACUACAAUGGCUCCGGGACAAGCAGAACAAGGAGAUUCAGCGUCCACAGCAAACAAUCACAAUCUGAAAGAAGUUCUUCGGUUGAUUCGGAAUUUCAAGAAGGAUUCGAGGACGCGAUACAACUUACAAUAUUUUCAACACCAAGAGGAGACGCUAAAGCGAGCAUGGGCGAACUGCGAAGCCUUGCACGGAAGGGUGAAGACCGUGAGGGCUCAGGAUGCAGUACUACUUGCGCAGUACAUGAAAGAGUACGAGGAGGUCGAGGAUGCCUGGGGCGAAUGUUCAGUGGUAUUCCGUCAAAACAUUGCCGGUUACCAGCAGUUCAAGAGGCCCCAGAUGCAGGCGAAAACGUAGUCAGGCUGGAAAGGAUUAAAACACCCAGCUACAGCGGCGACUACACUCAGUGGGCAGCAUUCCAUGACUUAUUCAAGGUCGUGGUGCACGACAACAAAAAUUUAAGUGGUGUACAAAAGCUUCAGUAUCUUCGUGCGUCGGUCAACGGUGAGGCAGAACAAUUGAUACGCCACCUCACUUUAACGGAGACUAAUUACGCGCCAGCAUGGAAGUUACUGAAGGAGCGAUACAACAAUAAGAGGGCCAUCGGGAAUGCCUACAUGAAAGGCAUAUGGAGUUUACCGACUAGCACUCCGGCUAGUGCGAUAGGUAUCAAGCGAAUAUUGGACACGACCGAACAAUUCCGUGCCAAUACUGAAUCAUUGGGAGCAGAUUUAGUCGACCUAAUCAUGGUGUACAUCCUGCAACAAAAAUUGGACAAUGAAAGCAAUUCGGAAUGGCAGAAAUUUAUUGGUUCUUCAAACGAGAUACCAACUUUGAAUCAAUUCACGAACUUCUUGCAUCAACGGUUCACAAUACUGGAAGCAGUACAGCUUACCGGACGCAAGACGGUGAAAGUAGGGGCACACUCAGCACAAGCAACGGGAGCCGUCUGCCGAGUAUGCCAGGGCGAUCAUCGAAUUUCGCAAUGCGACACAUUUCUGAAAUCAGACAUAACCAGACGACGAGAGUUGGUAGCAUCUUUGCGGCUGUGCUACAAUUGCUUGCACGAGGCUCAUACAGUCAGGAACUGCCCAUCACGUAAAGGGUGCAAACUGUGUGGAAAAAGGCAUAACCCAAUGUUACACCAGGCAUCGUCGAAUAGAGCUGCAUCUUCAGCUUUGCCGAAUCCAAAACAACAAGUCUCAUCGCUGAAUGCUAUCAACAGUGGCGUCGACAUUACGGCUGUUCUAUUCGCUACAGCAAGGAUUCGGGUAAAGGACAAUCAAGGAACGUUCAUUCUUUUGCGUGCAUUGGUCGAUCAAGGGUCCCAGCGUUCGUUCAUCAGUGAAGCUGCGGCGCAACUCUUACGGCUACCACGUCAAGCGACAAAUCUGACAAUCAGCGGCAUCGGGAGUCAUUCAACGAGCAGCAAGGGAGCGAUAUCUGCUCAAUGCAAAGAGAAAUGGUCGACAAGGUGUUUCAAUUUAUCUCUUGUCAUAGUAAACCAUAUAACGGACAAGAUUCCCCAGUCCAAGACACCAUGCAAGAUAACUGAAUUGAAACAGAAGGACUUAGCUGAUUCAUCGUAUAACAUUCCGGGGAAGAUCGACGUCCUCCUGGGUGCUGACGUCUAUGGCGAUCUAUUGGAAAAGGGCGUAAUCCGGAUAAAGAAUACCAAAGUUUUGGCUCAAAAACCAAAAUCGGUUGGAUCCUGUCCGGGCCUGUCAAGCGAUGGAGUACGCAAGUAA